AUGUGGAUUAUUAUACUUAUGCUGCUUGGCUAUGCUUUAUGUAUUGAGGAAGAAAGCAUAAAGCUUGCCUCCAUCCAUGCUGAUACAGUGGCUGUUAUUUCGCUGUUUAUGAUACUGGGCCUUACGUUCUCUGUCUCUCUCUAUGGCAUUAAGAAGCUAAUUGAGAAGAGCCCAAAGCACAUGACAAGUAGAAGUCAUCUAUCCCAGAGUUUCAUUCCUAGAAAGCAGACAACUGAAUAUGAGGUGAUUUCUUUCUAA